AGGCGUCUUAAUCUGCGUGUAACCAGUUGCAACACGGCGUGCUUUGGCUUUAACUGCUUUUUCCAGAGAUUUUAACUUUAUCACUGAAUCUAAUUUGAAGAUACACAGCAGCAGACCGUGGUUGAGUGAGAUUCCACACUCCUUGGGGGGGAAACAAAUUGACUACCUCACAUCGACCACUUGAUCUGCAAAUUGAUUUUUUUUAACAUGUCAUUGGAAGAAAGAAACAGGUGGAAUAUGAGGACCGUGCUGCUUCUCUGCAUUGUAUCUUUGCUUCUCUUUGUUUACCCUGCAGAGGGGCAAUUUCCUAGAGCUUGCUGUACAGUGGAGAGUAUCAGGUCUAAGCAGUGCUGCCCUUCUCUGGGUUCAGAUCCUGCCAACGUCUGCGGCUCUCUGUCAGGGAGAGGAAACUGCAGUGCUGUGCGAGUCGACUCCAAACCCUGGGGGGGACCCUACAGACUCAGAAAUGUUGAUGACAGAGAGAGAUGGCCCACCAAGUUCUUCAAUCAGACUUGCAGAUGUAAUGGUAACUUUGCUGGUUAUAACUGCGGUCAGUGUAAGUUUGGUUGGACAGGUCAGAACUGUGACCAGAGAAAAACACCUGUGCUUCGGAAGAACAUCCACUCCCUAACCAGUGAGGAGCUCCAGGAGUUCUUAGAUGUCCUGGAUCUGGCUAAGAACACCAUCCACCCAGAUUACAUGAUUGCCACACAGCACUGGCUGGGCUUGCUGGGACCAAACGGGACUGAGCCACAGUUUGCCAACAUUUCCAUCUACGAUUUCUUUGUCUGGCAACAUUACUACUCAGUCAGAGACACUCUUUUAGGUCCUGGUCGCCCAUUCAAAGCCAUAGAUUUCUCACAUAAAGGUCCAGCAUUUAUUACCUGGCACAGGUACCAUCUUUUGAGCUUAGAAAGAGAACUUCAGAGACUCACAGGUAACGAGAACUUUGCGAUUCCGUACUGGAACUUUGCCACAGGACAGAGUGAGUGUGAUGUGUGUACAGACUCUCUGCUUGGAGGCAGGAACCCAGAGAACCAUUUCCUCAUCAGUAACCAGUCCAGAUUCUCCAGAUGGGGGAUAGUGUGCAACAGUUUGGACGAUUACAACCGCCUGGUGACUCUUUGUAAUGGCACAAGUGAGGGAUUUAUUCAAAGGGGGUUGGUAGGAAGAACAAACAUGUCUUUUCCUACCAUGACUGAUGUAAGGAGCUGUUUGGGAAUUAGAGACUUUGAUAGCCCUCCAUAUUUUACCAACUCCUCCUUUAGCUUCAGAAAUGCACUUGAAGGGUAUGAAAAGCCAGAUGGAGAACUGGAUGACUCUGUUAACAACCUUCACAACCUUGUUCAUGCUUUGCUCAAUGGAACCAGUGCUUUGUCCCACUCUGCAGCCAAUGAUCCCAUCUUUCUGGUAAAAAUUCAAUUGCAUAGCAUUAAUCAAAAUAAAUUAGGAUUCAGGCCAAAUAACAAAUCUGUUUCUGUCUUCAUUUUAAAGGUUCUUCAUUCUUUUACCGAUGCAAUUUUCGAUGAAUGGAUGCGCAGGUUUAUUCCAUCCAAUGCCACCUACCCAGAUGAAAUGGCCCCCAUCGGUCACAACAGGGACUACAACAUGGUUCCUUUUUUCCCUCCAGUCACCAAUGAAGAGAUCUAUGUCACAUCCGAUCAGCUGGGAUAUUCAUAUGCUAUUUCCCUCGAUGAUGCAGAUGAGGGAGCUGUAUUUGUACUUGGCUCCACGUUGGGAGGUGUCUUUGUUGGUCUACUGGUGCUCCUCCUUAUCUUUGUGCUCUACCUGCGUCAGCGUAAAAACAGAGGCUUUGAACCGCUGAUAAGAGCAGAUUUCACAAACAGAAAGUACACAGAGGAGGCCUAGCUUUCACCUGUGGUUCCAAAAUGAAAUCCCAGCGCUCAAACGUACCUCAGAGCAAUGGAGCUGUCAGUGUAUGAUGUUAGAAAAUUCCCAGUCCUACAAUCGAAUGAAAAACCUUACCUUUAGUUUUUAAGUUUAACCAUUAAAGAAAGUUUAUCUUGUGUACAGUGCCUUGCAAAGGUUUUCAUAUGCCCUUAAAUAUUGUUAAAUUUCCUAUUUUAAAACACAAUCUAACAAAAACCAGUUCAAACCAAAACAAUUCAUUUAUUGAAAGAGACAGAAAAUUAUAUAUGGAUCUAAUUGAAGAAUGGUACUUUCUAACCCAAAUGGGCUUUGAUAUAUAUAUUCCAUGGUAGCUGUGGCUAUGUUUUCAAUGUUGUUCUUCUGAAAAAAAUGACAAAUUUUUCAGGCUUUUUAUAGACUUUCCCCCCUAUUUAUUUAGCAGGGGUGUAAAUCACCAGCUUGAUUAUGAUACAAUGUUCUAUUGAUUUAUUGGGAUGAUGCUAGGCUGUUUGCAGAUAUAUUACAGCACAACUUCCAUUAAAGUCAGUUCUCAAGUCCACGACUGAUUUUAAGUAAAAUCAUUUGACCAUCUAACACAACAAGCUAAAGUAUGAUUUGACCAUUUUUAAUCCAAUCUGUAAAGCAGUUGUUCCAUUAGCAGAUUCUUAGAGUUGAGCUGUUGAUCCCUACAGCUAGAUUGGAGUUACCAAGGGGCUGUUAUCUACUGUUUAGGAAACGCUUUCGUCAGCUAUACCUUGGUAGGCUUGUAGUUAUCCCAAUCAAUAGAUUCUUAUAUAACUGAAAAUGCUUGAUAAAAUGUUGAAAACUUAGGAUAUUGUUCGAUAAACGAUAAGUUAUUCCUUCUUCUUCCUGAUGCAGAUCUUUUUUUUUAUAAAGUUCUGUAAAAGAAACCUUUACAAAACUGCUGUGUAGGCUUAUUUAUUAAGAUGCAUGCUGAAUAAAUAUCUUCAUACCCGACUCAUGAUUGGAGUUGCUACACUUGAUUUCAAUAAUAGGCAUCAGACUGAAUGGAUUUGAGUGCAAAUCAAUGCAACUUUUCAGAUCAUUAUAUGUAUAUAAUUAUUUUUAUAUAGAUCUUUAUGUAUCAGUUUUAUUCCACUCCCCAGUUCUACAUUCUGCAAGUUGCUAAUUCUAAAACGUAAACAAAAGUUUGUGGCAACGAAUUGAAAAGCUUAGGUGGUAUGCAAAGUUUUGGGAGGCACUGUAAAAAAGUAAAAUGUCAAAUUUCUUUUUAAAAAAUAUCUUUAAAAAAAAGUUAUAAAACUCAGUAUUCUGUAAAAAAACCAAAUCAGAAUUAAUUCUCAAAUGUAUUAAGACAGAAAUGCAAUGACCUCAGGGUUAAUAUACAUUAUGGCAUCUUUGCUCAACUAACUCCUUACCUCUAAAUAAAGAAUAAAUAUAACUGUGAUUUAUAGAAUUGAUGUAAUUCCGCACUGGAUGAGCUGUUGUUUUAACUUUUAUUGCAGAAAUGUUACAAAUUCAAUGAUUAAAAAAAAUAAAACACAAAAAGGGCAUCUUGUGAGAUCAACAUUCAGAAUAAAGAAUCAUGUUCAUUAAUAAGCACUGAAUAUGUUCUCUCUGUUGGUGUUCCUGCACUGUGGAUUUAAAGAAGUAGUUCAAAACAAUAUUGAAAAGCCAGAUAGAUUUUCUUUAAUAUUUGUGAAGGGGAAAACAUAGGCUAAUUCUGUGGAUGUCUACGCUCAGUUGGCCCUCUGGUUAUGAACCUGACAGGCUCUCAGGGAACAGGGAUCCUACAUCCAGACAUGUUUUGUCCGCGCCCCUCAGCGGUGCCAAGGCCUCUCACAUUCUGUGUAAGUACGCUCUACUGAGGAGCUUCACUGAAGCAUUCAGGCCUGUCGGGUCCCCACAGAUUCUCAUUUCACAGGUGACUGUGGUCGGCUUCAAGCCUGUCUGUGCUGCAGACAUAACCAUUCAAGCUUUCCAGAUAAAUUCAGGGAGUCUUUCUUAACAUUCCCUGUCACCAAUGUGUGCUGUUGGCCGCUUGCCUCUCUUAAUAACUCCCACACAUCCUACAAAUAUGGUAAUAUGUGUUUCUAUGUUCUUUUCAAAUCUGUGAAUCUGUUUGAAGAUGGUUUUUGACUUUUCUUUUGCAACAGUGCCCAUUCAAAAUACUAAAACAGUUACACAGUAAGCACUUUUCU